AUGCACGACGCAUCUACCCAUCUCUCAAGCAGUGGGCCGAGAGCCGGGAUUCUCGUCAAGCACUUUGGCACGCAGGACUUCUACGCCAUCUCCCUUUACCACGCUGGUUUGACCCUCUGGGCCUACGGUCUUCUCAACAAAGGCCUUCAUCGCAAGCAGAUGUUAACCUCACAUCCUGGCCGGAAUCACAGGGCAUCGAUUGCUGAGGGGCACGGCGUCUUUUUCCUCGACGGAAUCGAAUCAGCAGAGACACAGAAGUUCGUUGCUCUCAACCGAGCGAUUCCAGUCAUCAGCAAACGACAAAUGCCACCCACUAACGAAGGCGUGGUGGAAAUGGUGCCACUGGAUGAUCCAAAGGCUGUCAUGGAAACUGUUAUUAGCGUGCUUCAACUGAACCACCGUGUGCACGCUAUACCGCCUCUCGCGGAGAAUCUAACACAUCUCAUGCACGAUCUAAGUAGAGUAGCAACUAUGAUUACGAGGAAACGUCAAUAG